AUGCGAAACCCACUUAUCAGGUUAGAAUGCGGUGUGAAUAGCUACGACUGGGGGAAAGUCGGUAAAGACUCUGCGGCCGCCAAGUUCCAUGCUGCAACGGCUUCCGAAUUCUCAAUCGAAGAAGAGAAGCCGUAUGCCGAGCUAUGGAUGGGCACCCACCCGUCGCUUCCCUCAAAAGAGCUCGAGACGCAACGAUCGCUUUUAGAAAUUGUCCAAGAGAACCAGGCGCUACUAUCUACUGAAAUUGCAGAGCGCUAUGAAAAUAAGCUGCCAUUCUUGUUCAAGGUCCUGUCCAUCAACAAGGCCUUGAGCAUUCAAGCGCAUCCGAACAAGAAGCUUGCCGAACAACUACACGCAAGCGACCCCAAGAACUACCCUGAUGACAACCACAAGCCCGAAAUGACCAUCGCGGUUACUCCCUUCGACGGUUUGUGCGGUUUCCGUCCCCUCGCUGAAAUUGCCCACUUCCUCAAGACGGUCCCGUCCCUACGCAAGCUAGUCGGCGAAGAAGAGGCCAAGAACUUCGAGGAUGCUAUCAGCGGUAAAGAAACUUCAGACAAGGAAGAGGACAUGCAGUCGAACAAGAAGGCCCUCCAGUCCGCUUUUACAAAACUCAUGAACACGGACAAGGAUGCGCUUGCCUCCGCCAGCGAAGAGCUUAUCGAGGCAGCAAAGUCCGAGGGCGACAAAUUCGCAGAUGGUGGUCCACCUUCCAACUCCGGCAAGGAGCUUUCUGACCUCGUGAUUCGUCUCAACUCCCAAUUUCCCGGCGACAUCGGCCUAUUUGUUCAGUUCUUUCUCAACUAUGUGAAGCUUGAAGUCGGUGAAGCCAUGUUCCUCAAGGCCGAUGACAUCCAUGCGUACCUAUCAGGCGACAUUAUCGAAUGCAUGGCUAGCUCCGACAACGUGGUGCGCGCGGGUUUCACUCCCAAGUUCAAGGAUGUAGACAAUCUGACAAAGAUGUUGACAUACAGCUAUGCGCCAAUUAGCGAGCAGAAGAUGGAACCAAAGGACUACUCUCACGUUAGAUUGAACGCGCCGGCGUACAGCUCAAACUCGAGCAAUAUGCUGUACAAUCCACCGAUUCCUGAGUUUGCCGUUGUCAGGACAGCGCUGAACAGGACCGGUGCCAAGGCGACGUUCGACCCCAUUGAUGGACCCAGCAUCAUUCUCUGUACCAAGGGUCACGGAACCAUUAGCGUGGGACCAAAGGAGGAGGAGCUCAAGGAGGGUUACGUCUACUUUGUUGGUGCAACAGCUGAGGUUGUCAUCAAGAGCGACGUCGAUGUAGAUGAUGCCGAGGGUGCAGAAGGCCUGGUGACGUUCAAGGCAUUCUGUGAGAUUGAGGACGGCAAGAACAAACUUUGA